CCAUUUUUUAACUGCUAUUUCUCAGGAUACAGGAUAUCCAGGAUUUAGUUCAUUCCACAAUGAGUGAGGUAUUUGAAGGAUAUGAGCGCCAAUAUUGUGAGCUUUCAGCAAAUCUCUCUAGAAAGUGUACAUCUGCUAGUCAUCUCGAUGGAGAACAAAAGAAGCAGAGAAUUUCUGAAAUAAAAACUGGGCUAGAUGAAGCUGAGGCUUUGAUUCGGAAGAUGGACCUUGAGGCUAGAAGUUUGCAGCCAAGUGUAAAGGCCAUACUUCUUGCCAAGUUAAGGGAGUAUAAAUCUGAUUUGAACAAUUUGAAAAGUGAAAUUAAAAGGAUUUCAUCAGCCAAUGUAGGUCAGGCUGCAAGAGAUGAGUUGUUGGAGUCAGGAAUGGCAGAUACGCUAAUGGUAAGGUGUCAAUACUCUAUCUUCAGUUCUUAG